UUAUUGUCUACUCGGUGCAGAUGACGGUGGUUCUCCCAGGAGCUCCUUGACUGACUGCCACGUCGAGCUUCGGAACUCUUGCAGGGCUCGAAUGUUCCUGCUCCUGUACGUGACCGCGCGUCUCCGGGAGAACAGCUGAGGGCCGGACCGAAACUAACUCCAACUCCAGGUUCCAGUGAGCCCAGGGAAGAAAUCGAGUGAGCUGUUGCAGAGACAUCAUGAGACAGCUUAAAGGCAAACCCAAGAAAGAAACCUCCAAGGAUAAGAAGGAGCGCAAGUUGGCCAUGCUGGAAGCCCGCCAGCAAGUGGCCACUGUAGUCCUGCCUACCCUGGCUGCAGUGGUGCUGCUCAUCGUGGUCUUCAUUUAUGUAGCCACGAGGCCUGGUGCUAUCGAGUAGACAUUUCAGUUCUUCUAAAGACACAUGAACUGCCAAAGUAACUGGGCUUUGACGGGCUGACGGGCUUUACCCAGAUGACCGUCUGUAGUGACCACUAGACCAGUUCAUGACCAGUGAACGGCCUACGAUUGGUCUCCGUGAAAGCUGCCUCCAAUGUGUUUGUUUGCUUUUAGUAGGAUUCAAGCUGCAGAGAGAAGUCCAGCUGAGUGGAGUUGCAAUCUUUCCUCGGUGUCUCCAGACGAAUGAAGAUGACCCAAUAAUUUACAGCAGCAGAUGGAUUUGUGUUGAUUUCUUACAAAAUGAUGCAAUAUCAGGCAUACUGUACCAAAAGACUUGUGAGCAAACCUGCCAGGUGUGUCCAGAGGUGUCUCAAAGGAGAAGUCUAAACAGGUGAAGGGGGAAAACCUGUCUAGACUGGGUCUUGUCGUAAAUAUUUCAAGUCAAUGCAAUAUAGGCAUGGUCUCACAGUCGAGCAAGCGCUCUCCUAAAGUAUCUGUAUGAAUAAUGUGUAAAAAGAGAAUUUUUUGACAGAUCCAGUUUCUCCCGUCUUAAGUUGAUUUCAACACAAACAUUUGACUACAUGCCAAGAUAGAAUGUGUGUGUUCAUACACCCAAAUGUUUUCAUCUUUAAUGUCAGUGUCGCCUUGUGUUAUUGAGUCAUUCAUCACAUCUGUGCAGAAAUAAAAAGGUGCCUUAACAGA